GCACAGCUCACUUCUGCCCAGUGCAGGAAGAGUGAAGCGGUGGCGGCAGCACCCUCGCGCGCCGUCCCCCCAGCCCCGAGCUGUCCCCGGGGACACUGUGCAGGCUGAGAGGGAAAUGUCGGACUCAGAGGAGUGCCACCAGGGUGCAGGAGGAGAGGACCAAGUGGGAGAUGAAUCCCACCAGGAGAGCGAGAGGCUGACAGCACAGUGGAGUGUGGAAGACGAGGAGGAAGCAGCGAGAGAGCGGCGGCGGCGGGAGCGGGAGAAGCAGCUGAGGUCCCAGGCAGAGGAAGGCUUCAAUGGCACCAGCUCCUGCUCGGAGAGUGCAGGCUCAGCACAGGAAAACCACUAUGACUUUAAGCCCUCCGGGCCCUCAGAGCUGGAGGAGGACGAGGGGUUCAGCGACUGGUCCCAGAAGCUCGAGCUGCGCAAACAGAGGUCCCCACGGCAGUCAUAUGAAGAAGAGGACAGCAGUGUGAGGGAAGCAGAGGUCAAACUGGAGCAGAUCCAGCUGGACCGGGAAAGCCCGGAGGAAACCCAGGAGGAGAAUGUGGCUAUUAGGGAGGAAGAGAGGCUGUGCCAGGAGGAAGAACAUGUCCUAGAGCAGCAUGAGGAGGAGAGAGUCGAGCAGGAGGAAAAGAAGAGAAGGAGAAAUGAAGAGGAAGAAGCACCAGAAAAACGCCAGAAGGCCCCAAGCCCCACCAGCCUGGAGGAGGAAGAGCUGUGCUCUGACCACACGGCAGUGUGCUCCACCAAGAUUACAGACAGAACUGAGUCUCUGAACCGCUCGAUAAAGAAAAGUAACAGCAUCAAGAAGAGCCAGCCUCCCCUCCCUGUGUCAAAGAUCGAUGACAGGCUGGAGCAGUACACGCAAGCCAUUGAGACAUCCACAAAGGCUCCAAAGCCCGUCCGACAGCCCUCUCUCGACCUUCCCACCACCAGCAUGAUGGUGGCCAGCACAAAAAGCCUCUGGGAGACUGGAGAGGUUGCAGCUCAGUCUGCUGUGAAGACCCCGGCCUGUAAGGAUAUCGUGGCUGGGGACAUUGUGAGCAAAAGAAGCCUUUGGGAACAGAAGGGCAAUCCCAAACCUGAGACCAAUGUCAAGUCCGCUUCUUCUGGCAAGAAGUACAAAUUUGUUGCAACAGGCCAUGGCCAGUACAAGAAGGUGUUGAUAGACGAUGCCGCAGAGCAAUAGCACGCCUGGAGAACUCCUUAACCAGCUGAGCUUGGUCCUGGCUCGAUGCAAUCCUCAAUGCCACUAUUUCCUCUGCUCCACAGAAGAUAAUGAAAGGAUGUUUCUAUUCUCCUCCUGCCUGAUGUAGUCUGCCUUGGUACAGCCUGACUCUCCUACUGGGGUGUGAGCAAUGCCCUGUGCUGCCUCCGUCUGGGUGCAAGGAACGAGAUCAGCUGGCAAAACCAAUCCCUGUUUUAACCUCCUAUGUGACUCUUUGGCUUUUUUAAUUAUUACUAUUGUUAAAUCUGGCUCCCCUAUAGAUAAGGGAGGCUGUGGCUCUGCUCCCUCUUCCUCAACUGCUGGAAGAGGAGGAGCUGCUGUCCUGCCCAGCCAGCAAGGCUCCUGCUGCAUGGUGAACCACUUCUGACUCUUGGUGGCUGGGUGCUGGGAGAGAGAGGGGAGCUCACAAGAAACCCAGUGAGAACUGGUGCUUGAAAGGCUUGUGAAGGGCAAGGGCCCCAUGUCACCCCAUGGGUGAAGCUUUCCCCUGUUUACAGCACAGCCUCUGCAACAUCUGCUUUGAGGAUCUUCCAUCUGCGUAUGUCAAAUUAUAUUUGACUUAAUUUUUUUUUUUUUAGACCAUCCUUUAAUCACAGUUAAGUAGCCAUGCUGCAAUGUUCCUGUCACUUAUCCACCUCAACAGUGGCAAUAGCAGCUUUGUCUCAAAAAGCUGAGCCUUCUCUUCAUGUCUGUGCGUGUGAGGCCUCCUUGUCCAGUGAGGAAUGUUGGUUGCUGGCAUCAUCUCCUUUCUCUCGGAAAGGGAUUUGCUUGAGCCCCCAAGUUAGGGAACAAACAAUUGAAAUAUCUCUUCUGAAUGUAAAAGGUGUCGGGCACACUGGUAACUUGCAUGCUGUGCUCCUGUGAGAGGGCAGGAGACAUGGGAAAUCCCAGCUUCUCUUAUGCUGGGGGCCACCAAGGUGAAAUGGCAUCCUCACAAGUUGUUGGCAGAGGUCAGGGCUUGCUGUAGACAUUGGGAAAACAAGCCCCUGAAGUGUGGCACUCUGAUUUCCAGGCCUCAGCUCUGUAAGCCAGCUACUGAGCUCUCCCAUGUCUUCAUACUUCAUGGCGUUAGCACACCCCUGACCCCUUCUUUAAAGUCUUAUUCCUGUCCUCUUCUCACAAAGGCUCUCAAUAUAAUUUUGCAGUUUGCUUCUGUCUUCCUGGAGGAAGGGCAGCCUCUCUCUCCUCAUGCAUCAGUUUGCUUUCUGCUUAAGUUUAUGGCAUGUCCUGGAUUAUUUUUUUUUGUAAGCAUUUAAUAAAAUUUGAGGAAGAUGUUGUAACAAUGGUAA